AUGCCAACCCCAAAUUUUUGCUGCAACCCAAAAAAUAAGCCAAAUCAUAAUUGUGUGAGAAAACAAAUUAAACUCGUUACGAAAAACUGGAGUAAAGUUUUUUUUAAAUUGAUCGGCAAAUAUUUGUGUGACUCGUGCAGACUUUCAAUUUAUUCAUUGAGUACUUUUCAAUGUAAAAGUGAAAAUACUCCUAAAGAAGAGGAAGAUAAUGAAGAAUUCGAAAUAAGAAGAGAAUCAAUUUCGGAUAACGAAGCUGACGACUCUUCUCCAGAUUAUAUAUUAAGCAAUGAAAAUCCUAAGAAAAGGAAAAUUAACGAUCCAUCCCAGAAUCAAAGCCCAGUUUCUAGAGUGUGGAUAGAGGAAGUCAAAAUCGCUUUAUCAAAUGCAACUUCCAAAGCUGAAAAAAUGAGGAUCCUUACCACCGUGCCAAGAGAUUGGAGUGUAAGAAAAAUUCACAGAGAAUUAAAUGUCUCUCGACGAGCAGCGUGGAACGCGCAAAAAUUACGAAACUCUCGUGGGUACGCAUCUUGCCCUGAUAAGAAAAAGGGUCGGCCAUUAAAAACGGACGUUUUAGAAAAAAUUGAGGAGUUUUACACAUCGGAUAAAUAUAGUCGCGUUAUGCCUGGUAGAAAAGAUUACAUCAAAAUUGUCACAAAUGACGGUGCACGGAAAAUACAGAAGCGGUUAUUACUGCUUAAUAUUAAUGAACUGUACGGCAAAUUUUGUGCAGAAAUUACAGAAGUGAAAAUAAGUUUGUCUGCAUUUACAAAACUUCGCCCUGGUUGGUGCAUUCCUGUCGGACCAAGUGGAACUCACAAUGUAUGUGUUUGUCGAAUUCAUCAAAAUAUGAAUUUAAAGUUUGUUGGACUGAAUGACUAUUUAAAAAAACGAAGUGUCCAAUGUGAUCAUAAAGUUCGUGACAUUUUAAAAAGUAUGGUGUGCGAAAAAUCGACUGAAGCGUGUUUUCUCCUUGAUUGCAAGAACUGUCCCGGCGUUUCGCCAAUCAUUGAAAAAUUGUCACAAAUUUUCGAUGAUCACAACAUUGAAAAAAUCCAGUUUAAAUCAUGGACGAGCACAGACAGGUAAAAGGGCACAAAUAUUUGUAAAGUUUAAGGGUUUCUAACGUCACAGUGCAAUUAUUAUAAUGUCUGUCUUCAUUACAGAUGCGAACUACUGUCUCUCUGCCAAGAAAAAGCUGAUUUUUUUAAUGGAGUUGAAAAAGAACUUCCAG